CUGCUCACUUACUUUCCCAUCCAGGCAGAGAGAGUGAGUGGACAGGGUUAGACAGACAAGGAGACUCCACACCCAUAGACUGGGCAGAACAGGAUCAGAGCCAAACCUUCUCUGACAUCUUCUCCUUCACUUCUGUCUUUUUAUUCUGUCACCAUCUUUUCCUGCAAGCGUUUUCUAACACAGGGACCUCCGCUAGGACCAUGGCACAGACAGCUCACGUGGACCCCACCAAGAUGGGGGUGGGCAGGGCCAUCGCUGUGCUGACCUCUGGGGGUGAUGCCCAGGGUAUGAAUGCAGCUGUCAGGGCCACAGUCAGAGUUGGCAUCUACACUGGAGCCAAAGUCUUCUUCGUCCAUGAGGGUUACCAGGGCCUAGUGGAUGGAGGGGAUAACAUCCGUCCUGCCACCUGGGAAAGUGUGUCCAUGAUGCUGCAGCUGGGUGGCACUGUGAUCGGAAGCGCCCGUUGUCAAGACUUCCGCACCAAGGAGGGACGUACCAAGGCUGCCUACAAUCUGGUGAAGCGAGGCAUCACAAACCUUUGUGUAAUCGGUGGGGAUGGCAGUCUGACCGGUGCGAACCAGUUUCGCACAGAGUGGAGCGAGCUGCUGGCUAUCUUGUUGAAAGCAGGCAAGAUCACAGAGACAGAAGUCAAAAGUUCCUCCCACCUGAACAUCGUAGGCAUGGUGGGCUCUAUUGACAACGACUUCUGUGGUACCGACAUGACCAUCGGCACCGACUCCGCCCUGCACCGCAUCAUUGAGGUGGUGGAUGCCAUCACCACAACAGCGCAAAGCCACCAGAGAACCUUCAUCCUGGAGGUCAUGGGCAGACACUGCGGGUACCUGGCCCUGGUGACAGCUCUGGCCUGCGGAGCUGACUGGGUGUUUAUCCCAGAGAUGCCCCCUGAGGAGAACUGGGAGAAACAUCUCUGCAGGAGACUGACUGAUCAAAGAGAGCGUGGUUCUCGUCUGAAUGUCAUCAUCGUUGCUGAGGGAGCCAUGAACCGUCAAGGCAAACCCAUCACCUGUGACCUGCUCAAGCAGCUGGUGUCUGAGAGACUGGGAUUUGACACCCGUGCCACCAUCCUGGGACACGUCCAGAGAGGCGGAACUCCUUCUGCUUUUGACAGGAUCCUGGGCAGCAGGAUGGGUGUGGAGGCAGUGAUGGCCCUGCUUGAGGCCACACCAGAAACACCUGCCUGUGUGGUCAGUCUGUCUGGUAACAUGGCAGUUAGACUGCCCCUCAUGGAGUGUGUCCAAGUGACAAAAGAUGUAACCACAGCCAUGGAUGAGGGAAGGUUUGAAGAUGCUGUCAAGCUCAGGGGAAAGAGCUUUGAGAACAACUGGAACACUUACAAAAUGCUUGCUCACGUGCACCCCCCAGAAACAAAGAGCAACAUCAACAUAGCCAUAGUAAACGUGGGCGCUCCCUGCGCUGGGAUGAAUGCAGCGGUGCGUUCAGCUGUCAGGAUUGGCCUCAUCCAGGGACACCAGAUGCUGGCUGUACAUGAUGGCUUUGAGGGCCUGGCUUACGGUCAGAUUGAGCCCAUCUCCUGGGCUGGAGUAGGAGGUUGGACUGGGAAGGGAGGCUCUAUGCUUGGCACCAAGAGGUCCUUGCCGGGUAAGCUGAUAGAGGAGAUCAGUCUGAACAUCGCUAAGUUCAAUAUUCACGCUCUGGUCAUCAUUGGAGGCUUUGAGGCAUUUCUGGGUGGUUUGGAGCUGGUGCAGGCCAGGGAAAAGUAUGAGGAACUGUGUAUUCCCCUGGUGGUCAUUCCUGCUACAGUCUCCAACAACAUCCCGGGCUCUGAUUUCAGCAUUGGAGCUGACACUGCCGUAAACACCAUCACCUCGACUUGUGACAGGAUCAAGCAGUCUGCUGCAGGCACUAAGAGGAGAGUGUUUAUCAUUGAGACCAUGGGGGGAUAUUGUGGCUACCUGGCAACCAUGGCCGGCCUGGCGUCUGGAGCUGACGCUGCCUACAUCUACGAGGAACACUUUGGCAUUCAUGACCUGGAGAUGAAUGUGGAGCACCUGGUAGAGAAGAUGAAGACAACAGUGAAAAGAGGUCUGAUCCUUAGGAAUGAAAAAUGUAACGCCAACUACACCACAGACUUCAUUUUCAACCUGUACUCAGAGGAAGGCAAGGGAGUAUUUGACUGUAGGAAGAACAUCCUGGGCCACAUGCAGCAGGGUGGAACCCCGACUCCCUUUGACAGGAACUUUGGUACCAAGAUGGGGGCUAAGUCUGUUCUAUGGCUGACUGACAAGCUGAAGGAAUGCUACAGACAUGGUCGUAUCUUUGCCAACUCUCCAGACUCAGCCUGUGUGCUGGGCAUGAAAAAGAGGUCCCUGGUAUUCCAGCCCCUGGUAGAACUCAAGGACCACACCGACAUUGAACACCGUAUCCCCAAGACCCAGUGGUGGCUUAAGCUGAGGCCCAUCCUGAAGAUCCUGGCCAAGUACAAUAUCAGCCUGGACACCUCAGAGAACGCUCACAUGGAACAUAUCAUUAAGAAGAGAACACUGGUUUAGAUGUUUUCCUCACACACACACAAAUAUAUUUAUAUAUAUCAUAAUUAUUAUAAUUAUCAUCACUAUGAUCAUCACCAUCUCUGUCAAGAGGCUGGAACACUAUUAUAAUUACUCACUCAAUAGGACAAGUGUAAUGGUUAUAGACACUUUGUCUUGUGGAGCCAUAUUAUCGUGUGUGAAGGUAAAAAAGCUAUUUGGCAUUAUCUCUCCACUGUAUAGCAGCAGCACUCUGCAGCCGCCUGCCCACAACCUGGUACUUCCUGUGUUCUGCAGACUUACUGUGCACCAUAAGUAGCUUCUGGUCCAAAAAUAAAAUUUAAUUCUUCCACUA